CCGGCCGGGCCUGGGUGAGUUGCAGCCUGGCAGUGCCCCCUGCCCCCACCCCAGAGGGACCAGAAACGCGCCCCCCGCGUACCCUGGGGGUAAAGGAAGGGCCAGGGGGCUUUCCCCCCACACCAAUCUUGCUACUCAAGGACCAGCCCCUGCCUGGGGCGCGGAGGAGGCUGGGGCAGCGCCACACACCGGCAGUGCCCCCUCCCGGGCGGAGAUGGAAGCCAAUGCAGCAAGCGACGAGGGUGUGCAUUUCCAGAGCUACCCCUUCGACUUCCUGGAGUUCCUGAACCACCAACGCUUUGAACCUAUGGAGGCCUACAACCACGAGCACGCCAAAGCAGUCGCCGCCCUUCCGUGCCCACAGCCGCAGUACGACUACACCCAGCCACCCACCACCGCCCCACCGGCCCACUUUGACCGCGUCUCCGCAGCCGUCGGUACCUCGAAGCCCAAAGCCGAAGGCCCAUCCUCCUCCUCUUCCUCGGCAGCCUCGGCCGCCAACGUUCAAGUCAAGAAAGCAGAGCCAGGGGGCCCUGCACCACCACCGCAGCAGCAGCAGCAGCAGCAGCAGCAGCAACCACCCUACAGCACUCCGGCAGUGGUGCCAGCGACAGGCCAGCCUCUCUUUGACAGCACGGCAGCAGCUGCCGCUGCCGCCGCGGCCUAUAACACUCCCCAGUGGGGCAUCGUGGACCUUUCCGGCCACCAGCAUCUCUUCAGCAGCCUCAAACGCGGGCAGGCGCCGCCCCCGGCAGCUUCCGCCGUCGCCGCCGACAGCCAGGCAGGCAAGGACGACAAGAACUACUUCCGGCGCUUGAAGUACUUCAUCGACCGCCGCUUCCCGUGCGGGGUGUGCCAGAAGUCGUUCAAGCAGUCAUCCCACCUGGUGCAACACAUGUUGGUGCACACGGGCGAGCGGCCGUACGAGUGCACCACCUGCGGGCGCACCUACAACCACAUCUCCAGCCUCAUCCGGCACCGCCGCUGCCACAAGGACACGGAGGAUGCCACAGCGGCCGCCAACGCCGCGGCCGCCAACGCCGCGGCUGCAGCGGCGGCCGCAGCUGCAGCGGCUGCUGCCAACGCCAACAACGCGAGCGCUGCUACGGGCGCUGAGGGAGCAGCCCACCCUCCUAGCCAGAGUGGCAACCCUCAGGCGGUGCCGCCGCCAACUGCAGGGACAGCUGCCGCGGCCCUCAGUGCCGCCAUAGCUCAAGCUGAAGGCCCUUUCACCUGCUCCCUCUGCUGGAAAGUGUUCAAGAAGCCGAGCCACCUGCACCAGCACCAGAUCAUCCAUACCGGCGAGAAGCCCUUCUCGUGCUCCGUCUGUCAGAAGAGCUUCAACCGCCGCGAGAGCCUGAAACGACACGUGCGGACCCACUCGGACCUGUUGCGGGUGCAGUGUGGGGUCUGCGGCAAGGAGUUCCGGGAUGCCUCCUAUCUGCUCAAACACCAGGCCACCCACGCCCCUCCUGGCACCUUGCCCCCGCGCCCCGAGUACAAGUGCGACAUCUGUGGCAAGGGCUACGUGGCCCCCCAGAACCUGCUGCGCCAUCGGCAGCUGCAGCAUGAGGGAGCCCAGUUGGCCAAGGAUGGCACUGGUGCCUUGUCCUACUUGCCUCCGGGGGCUUAUCUCCUGCCACAAGACCCGCAGGCUACCAGCUCCGAUGGAGACACCAAGCCCACCUCGUACGGGCUCCUGGGCGCCCAUCCGCUGCUGGUGGGAACAGCAGCAGGCAAGAAUUUCUGCUGCGGAAUCUGCGGCCGCGGCUUCGGGCGGCGGGAGACGCUGAAGCGGCAUGAACGAAUCCACACAGGCGAGAAGCCCCACCAGUGCGCCGUGUGCGGGAAGCGCUUCCGCGAAUCUUUCCACCUCAGCAAGCACCACGUGGUGCACACCCGGGAGAGGCCCUACAAGUGUGAGAUCUGCGGGAAGGUUUUUGGCUACCCGCAGAGCUUGACCCGGCACAAACAGAUCCACCGGCUGCAGCUGCCUUGCUCUUUGCCCCCCAUGGGGCCCUCGCUGACGCCCAUGGGGCCUUCGCUGCCUCCGCCCCCCGAGGGGCUGACCUACGGCUGCUCCGACUGCGGAGAGCGCUUUCCCGACCUCUUCCACGUCAUGAGCCACAAGGAGGUCCACGUGGCUGAGAAGCCGUACCCUUGCGACGUCUGCGGGAAGUGCUUUGGGUUCAUCGAGAACCUCAUGUGGCACAAGCUGGUCCACCAGGCGGCUCCGGAGCGGCUGCUGCCCCCGGAUGAAACGGCCGCUGCCGUGGCCCCCCUGGAAAACGGGCUGGCCGGCGGCGACAACCUGACGUCCUACGAAGACCACCACCCCACCUUGCCGAGCGGGGAGCGCUUCUCCUGCUCCAUCUGCGGCCAGACCUUCAAGCAUUUCCUGGGGCUCGUGACUCACAAGUACGUGCACCUGGUGCGCCGCACCUUGGCCUGCACCGUCUGCGGGCAGAGCUUCGCGGGGGCCUACGACCUGCUGCUGCAUCGCCGCACCCACCUGCAGAAGCGCCACUUCUCCUGCCCAGUCUGCGGCAAGCGCUUCUGGGAGGCCGCCCUGCUGAUGCGCCACCAGCGCUGCCACACCGAGGAGCGCCCGUACCGCUGCGCGGUCUGCGGCCGUGGGUUCCUGCGCUCGUGGUACCUCCGCCAACACAAAGUGGUGCACACUGGCGAGAGGGCCUACAAGUGCGCCCUCUGCAACAAGCGCUUCGCCCAGUCGUCCAGCCUGGCCGAACAUCAGCGCCUUCACGUCGUUGCCCGGCCCCAGCGCUGCCCGACGUGUGGCAAGACCUUCCGCUACCGCAGCAACCUCUUGGAGCACCAGCGGGUGCACCUGGGCGAGAAGGUCUACCGCUGCGACCGCUGCUCCAAGAGCUUCUUCUACCUGUCGUCCAUCCUGCGCCACCAGCGCUCCCACGACGCAAAGCGCGAGUUGCGAUGCGGAGCCUGCCUCAAGCUCUUCAAAGACCCGAAGUAUUUCAGCAAGCACCUCCAGGCCCACCAGGGCGGGCGGCCCUUCAAGUGCAGCACCUGCGGGGAAGCCUUCUCCAACACCUACGGCCUCAAGAAGCACCGCCACAUCCACAAGAUGGAGCGCUUCGCCGCCAUGGGGGCCCACAAGGAUCAGCCCUAGGGUUGGCGUGGCGGCAGAAUAGAUGGGCCGUCCUUUUGCUGGUACUCUUGGGUGGGAAAUGAGGCUAGUUCCGGGCUGUUGCGAGCCAGAAGGGCAGGGGGUUCCAUAUAUAGUAGGUAAGAUGUGCUUGUCGGCAGCGAGUUGCUACACUUGGGGGAUGGAUUUGGGAAGAAGAGUCAUCAACUCAGAAGAGCAAGGGAGUUGGGACGAGCCAUGCAGAACUAGGGAUGCAGAGCAGGAGGGGCUUAAGUAGCAAGAGGCAGCUGCCGGCUAGCCUGCUGGAUCUCUAGUCCUCAAAACAAACGGCUAUUGUCCUGACCACCCUGGGUUCCCUAGCUUAAAUGGGUUGGGGGAGCUGUCUGUCAGUGAGGGGACCCUUUCCUACCAAGCAGUGGUAGGGGGAUGGACAUUCCUUGCUUUUCCUUGGUGAGUGGGAAGAAAAGACUGGAAUGGUGCUGGUGGAAUGACAGUGUUUCUGUUUGAAGCCUACAUCUUGAAACGGAGCAGCCGCCCGCCUCACUUCCCAUUUUCAGGAAGAGAUGGGGCUUCCAUUCCCCUUUACCUAGAAUGGAACAUUAGAGCUAAUUCAUACGUUUGGGGACAGGGUAGGACAGGACGUGGUGCAGUCUCCAAGGAGGGCGCGCCAGACUUUUCUAUGAACGCAGCCGCCUGAUCUCUGCCGGGCGGGCCCUUCUUCCUUUCUGAGGAAAGUCGCGGAUUUGCCUGCUUUCUUCACAUUUAUAAGGACAAUAGGCUAGCUAUCAUCUUCUUAGGACCUUGGGAACUAGUGGGACGUGGCUGCUGACCGUUUUAAUCAGGACCUGAAUAGAACAUCAGAGAAGCCUGCUUGAACUGUGUUCUCGAAUAUGGUGCAAUAUGGCCAAGGUGCCACUGCACCAUGAACUCCCUACCUACCUUCCUGCCUCCGGUAUAGAACCAGUUUAUGAUACCUCGGGAGGAUCACGAACCUUACUGCUCUCUCACAUUAAAAACAGCAACAGCUCCCUGCUCACAGAAAACGAGCAAGUCUGGAAGAAGGGUUCUAGCCUAGCCUUCUCCCUGACAUGCUAGCUUUCCACAUAGAGAGAGUGUUGAAUGUGAAAGAGCAUUCAGACAUGUCGUUCCCCCAUAUGCAUCCUGAAGUGGUGCGGUCCUGGGUGGACUACUAUGUGCUCUUCCUUAGUAUUCGAAUUGGCUCUCAGAAGGUGGACAGGAAGAACAACAGCACACUGGCUGGCCUCCGUUAAAACUGUGGCAUGGGCCCCUUCCCCCUUGAGUUAGUCCUUGGUGCCUCUUCCUCUGUGCCCCCGAAUGCUAAAAUUCUUUCAUAAGCCGCCUGUAGAUUAUCUGCCAUCGGAGCGUAAUGCCUUCCCCUGAGCUAGGAAUAGAGCAGUCCUGGGACAUGAGCUGUCCUCGGGUCGUCACCCAUAUAACAGGCUAGUUCCCCUUGUUUGUAUUAUCUCCCCUCCCCAACCUCAGGAUUGGGUAUGAAGCUGAGAGAAAAGAAAGAAAACUUAACUGGUAGUUCUACAUCCCAGUAUUGAAAUGCUUCUUCAGCUGCCCAGCACAUCCCACGGUUCACCCGCGUUCCCGGCCGGUGCCCAUCCCUUUCUUAACCAGCACUUAAUUUGACGUGCCCCCACAUCAAAUUAAGUGCUGGUUAAGUAGUCUGGAGGUAGAAUACCCCAUGGUAGCAUUGUCAUCCCCAGUCUUAUCAUGGACCUCUCCCACCCCUGAAGCAGGAACGGGAAUCCCUUGCUAAUUCUCCAGCUUCUCCCUGUGCCUCCCCAACGCCCUCUCUCUGCCUCUUCUGCCCUUCAGUAAAUGGCGUAGGAUACGAUGCACAUCUGGACAGGCAGGAGGGGAAGCUCAUUUACUAUGUGCGACCAAAGAGUUCUAAAAGCAUGCCCCCUUGUGGACAGUGGACACCAUGCAGGUGAUUCCCCUCUCCACCCCGCUGCCUUUGUGAUCCAAGCUGGCCUACAUAUAGUAGACAGUUGUGAUGGGGAGACCUUCUUGCUUUUCCAUUCUGGCAAGGUCAGACGAUGCCAACUUUUCUUUUCAGGUGGCAAUGCCAAAGGUGCCUCCUUGCCAUUUCUGGUCUACCAUCCCCAUGUCCACAUCCCUGGUUUCCUACCGUGGUGAGUGGCAAUCCCAAGUCUAUACGGACCCAAAGAUGCAUUAUUAUUUCCGCGUGGUUGUCCAGUGCCUGGAACAAGAGGGGAAAGGGGGACGUUGCCAAAGUUGCAGGGUUGGUUGUAGGUUAGAGAACCAUGAUAGAAACAAGAGUCCACUGGGUGGGGAUAUUCCUUAAAGGAAGCCCUGCAGCAUUUAGUGGUUGAAAUAAACUAUUUAAACAGGCUAGAAGCAUGACGAAGAGCGUGAAGAAGAGAAGGGGGAUGGCCUCCGUUACGCCACAGUUCCCUUGUUGGGUCGACUCAAGGACAACUCUUUUGUCCCUGUUGAGUCAGGCCCAGUGAGACUAAUGUCUGACCGACUGAAAUACUACUGACUAAUGUCCUGCCUCCAGAAGUGGCUAAUAUUGGAUGUUCCUUUUCUUGUUUUAUCUUUAUACUAAAGUUUAAUGGCCUGAACUUGUAGCUGAAAUUCAGUGGAUUCUUCCUAUGGUCGUGGCUAUACUUCUGCCUGCCUUAUAUGGAAACCGUUUUUUUUUCCCAUAUAGAAUUUCCCCUCCCUGACUUCAUAAUUUGCAAGUAGAGCUGACUUUAAUAUUAGAUUCUCUCUUCCCUCCCCACCCCCAAAUUUAUGAAUACAGGACACCCUGUUUAUACUAUACUCGCUUUGUAGGGUCAGCUGCUUCUACAUUUAGUUGAGCAUUGCUUCCUUUGAAAGAAGUGGUAGCCCUGGAACUGAUAACCUGUUCUCACACUAACUGCCAUUAUUUGUUUAUGUCAUCCACCUUUUAACCUGAAAAAAAAUGAGUUCACAACAACUAAUCCGAUAGAUGAUGUGUCUGUUGAACUGCUUAACUGUAGCUUCCUAAAUGGACGAUGGAAAACAGACGGAAGAAAUAAGUUUUAGGCGCUCUCAGGUGGCCUAAGAGAACAUACUAUUUUCUAAAACCACUAACAGUGCAGUCCUAUACACGUCUACUCAGAAAUAAGCCCUACUGAGUUCAAUGGGGCUUAUUUCCCAGUUAGCGAAUAUAAGAUUGAAGCCUAACUGUCUGCUUUUGGAGACAAACAUAAGGGAUUUCCAGAGUUGUUGUUUUUUAGAACAAUUUACAGGCCUAAAAUGUCGGGAACAAAUUUCAGGAUUGGUUACGACACUGACCUGCCUGUUUCAAACACAAAAUUGAUGCUGAUAUAUUCAGCCAGGCCUUGAUUACUAUUUAAGAAUGGAGGCCUGUUUCUUAUAGAUGAGAAAAUGUAGACUGACUCUCCUAAGUUUGUUCUAAAACUUUUCUGACCUCAUUUAAGAGGAAUUAGUUAACCUUAACACACUUUAAUUACCUUUCUGUACUCACAAUCAGGACAUUUGGAAAGUGGCAAAAAAGGGGUCCCCUGCUCCCCACACCCUUUUAGCUUAUUCUUACAGAUAAAAAGGAUUUGCGUGCAAAAUAGCUGCCUCUCCUUUUCUAGCCAAAUAUUUAAUGGCAGGGAGAAGGCACAGAGUCUUUCCUAGGAGGGGCUCACCUGACCGCUGAUACUUACCGCAAAUAAGGUUUGCACCCAUUCUUUGUUCUAAGAGUUGUUUGAUUUGUCCAAAUGUUCUUUUCUAUCCUUCAUUGUGGUUGGGUUUUGCUAGCUGGUGCAAUGUGAAAUUACCAUGCACCCUCGGAAACAUACUAGAAAAGAAGCCAACUAGGACCCCCAGUUUAUCUGGAAGGGUUGAAGGGGGGUGUCUAGUAGAUUUGAGAGUAAGAGCCCCAGGAGGCAGCAUUCUUUGGCUUGAGUUCUGUGGGAAGUGCUUAAGGACUAGUGGGUUGAAGAGAUGGGUGGUUCUGGGUUUUAAUUCUGGUUGGGAAAUGGAGGGUUGUUGUUUUUUUGAAGACCCAGCUGGUUUGGAGUAUGUGAUCAGAAGUUGCCAGCCAUCCUUCCCAAUGCACUGCUCUGCCCCUUACAAUCUUGGAUGGACGCUCAGCCCCAAGGUGUACAUCACUAGGAUGCUGGUGUCGUGCAGAGCCCCAUCAACCCCCAACGCCUUGUCUGCUGUGUACUGGACUUGUGAAGCAGAGGGCAGGGAAGGUACUCCUAUCUUUUCCUAGCAUCAGACCUGACUCUUUAAGAUGCCACGCAACCAUCUUAGAACUUAAUCAGCCCUCCUGUUCUUUGGGGAACAUGGAUUCUUUUGCUUCUGACAGCGGCUGAUGUUUUCUCUCACUCUCGCACGCAUCCCAAACUGGGAGAUGGACAUUUUUGAGACUGGACUCGAAACACCUCCAGACUGGACUCAAAACAUCCCCAGACCAGUAACCGUUGCAAACUCCGAAUGUAGAGUUGUGCUACUGAUAGGACCCAACCCAUCGUGAUCAUGUUAGCAGAUGACUUUUUAUAUUAAUACAGAUAUAUAAAUACAUUUAUAUAUAAAUACUUCUUUUCUAACUACCCCUUUCUCCCAUUGGCCACAAAGUGCAGGAAGUGCAGUUCUUUUGGUGCCAAGAUGAUAACGAGUCCCUAUGAUAACGUGUACUAAAAUAUGUAUAGGACCCUGUCAUUGUCCAUGCAGCUGAUGGGCCUGGACCGAUAACCCGUCCCCUCCUCCCUCGUUGUACCCCUUGGGAAUUGUACAGCGUGUGUUUUUCUCAGUCAGGGGUGGGGGGACGGGAGCGUGUUUGUGUUUUAAACCAAGCAAUUGUUUUAAAAGUGUUUGAUUUACGAUGUACAGACUAAACAAACAUUAAAAAAAAUGGAAAAUGUA